AACGGACGAAACGGAUAAAACGGACGGAGCGGACAGUAAAGAUUUGUGCUUCUUGUACUUAACUUGCUUGAGAAUGGAACCACGCUACGAGAAGGCGUUGGGGAUACCCUAUGAAGAGUCUUUGAAGAGAGCUGAGAACGACGGAGCGAAUACACGGAAAUUCAAGGAGAAAAGUAAAUACCUAAUGGAUUUCUCGGGUCUUGGCAUUGCUCGCAAAAGCCAACUGAUGAGUCCUCAACUCCGGCUCUUUUUGCCUAAUUCUUCGGCUGAACAACAGCUUUUUGUGUUAGUAUCGUCGUCGUUAGAUUUUUCGUCGCAUUUAGCGUCAUCGUCGGCGGCGGUUUUGGCUGGAUUAAUUUCGGUCAGUCGUCGUGAAUUCUUCACAUUCGGCCUCGGAUUCUUCAAGUUGUCAGUGACGUUUUGGUUAGAAGCGUUUGUGAGUGGCGGUUACGGUUUGGUAGGGGCAGUUGGGUUUCCUGGUUAUCACCGCGCUGUUCCGCAAAAUGGGCAAUUUCCUAUCGGAAAUGCCACAACUUAUGAUCUAAACACUCGAUGCAAUAUAAUAGUUUUGAUGUUCCUUUUUGCUGUUGUGGGGGAGGGUUCUGUCUGGGAAAGAAGCAAAGAUUCUGAAGGGAAGGACCUAUCUGACGGUCGCUGCUUAAAAGUCACUAAGCUCUUUCAGGCUUCGACUGCAGUUUACCUUGAUAAGCUUCAGAAGAGUGUCACUCGCAUCCCUGGUCAGUCUCCCGAUCAGGAUCCGUUUAGUCUCCCCGGUCAGUUCUCUGAUCAAACUCCCCCGAUCAAACUCUCCCGAUCAGAAUCAUCCCCUGCACCAUUGAACUUGGUCCAGUAUGGUCUCGUCAACAACACUGCUUGCAGGGCAUCUUCACAGGAUAUGUCUUCGCGGGUCGUGUUUUCACGGAUCGUGUCUUCACAGGAUAUUUUCGCAGGUGUCUUCACAGGAUACCUUCACAGGAUAUCUUCGCAAAAUAUCUUCGCAAAGUAUCUUCGCAGGAUGUUUUCAACGAAGUGCACCAUUUCUGAGUGA